UCUCGAUUACCGCGUAGGAAUGGCGAUAGGCGCGUUCCUGUUCGGAUCUAUAUCGGACACCACUGGUCGCAGAGAAUCGAUCGCGGUUUCCACGGGCAUCGUGUUCUGCGCCUCGGCCAGCUUGUCCUUCGCGCAAACUCAUUUCCUGGUAAACCUAUCGGUAUUCGUGCUGGGACUAGGAGUGGCCGGUAAUAACACCGUUCUCAGAGUCUACCUGAUCGAGUGCCUGCCGGUGAGGAAGAGAGGCACUUGCUUAGCAGUGAUCGAUACAUUCUGGGUGACCGGCUAUUUAGCGGCGUUAGGUGUCUCCUGGGCCUUGAUGCCCUCCGCGAUCCUCAUGUUGGGCAAGCAGUUCCGGCCGAGUUCCUGGCGGGUUCUCGUUAUUCUCAGCGGCACGCCGAGCCUGAUGAUCGCCUGCGCCUCAGGUCUCCUACCUCCGAGUCCUCGACACUCGCUGUACCGUCGGAGGCCGAGGAGAGCGCUCGCGGUGCUGCGACAGAUGUACGCCAUCAAUAAUACGAAACACACCGAUACCUACCCGGUACGGAAUUUAGAAGAUUGCGUACGUCCGGACGAGGAAACCAACGAGAACAGACUUCAAGAGUACUUCACGAAAACUUGGGAGCGAGUCGGUCGAGUGCACAGGCCUCCGUACAAGCGAACGACGCUGUGCGGAGUCUUGGCGUGUCUUCUGCGCUUUCCCGGGUUCGCUUGGCUCGCCCUGUGGAGCACACACGUCCUUCGGGAACUGGAAGGGGACACCGCCGGCUGGAACGGCACGUGCAACUUGAGCUUCCAGAACGUGGUAUUGGGUUUUUUGCGAAAUUGCGACCAGGUGAACGAGGAUAGUUUCAUGCUGCUGUUGCUGGUGUCGCUGGGCUACGUGCUGGGAGAGUCGUUGCUCGUUAUCGGAAUCGACAUCGUCGGCAAAAAACCGUAUCUAAUAUUUUCCGGAGUGGCAGGCUGCGUGGCCUCGCUCGCGCUUAUUUUCCGAAUGCAGCGCGCAAUUCGCGUGGUUCUGUCGUCGAUUUUCCUGGCCGCUUACGCGAUCGGACACACAACGACCUGCGUUUUACUGCUGGAAAACUAUCCCACCGCUUUGAGAGGCACGAUGAUGGGCCUGACAAAAAUACUUCCCCAUUUGGCGGUCUCCGCGACGCUGCUCCUGCCGAGGACGGUCUGCCCGCUGACAACGCUGGUCGUCGCGUCGGUUUCUCUGAUGGGUGCGGCCCUCGUGAUGCUGCCGGUACUCGAUCUAACCAGGUUACCGAUGAAGGAAUGAUCCACGCUUCCGGAUAUAUGUUUCCGGUCGCACAUACACACACACACACACACACACACGUGUACCCAUGACUAUCGACUUCACGCGGAUGGAAAAGCCAUCGUACCUCGCUGAAGUAAAAUCUCAAUUCGGUGCAACUGAAACACUGACAACUUGUCCAAUUAUAUCUCGCUAAUCAUGUAUUUGCAAUUAAAACGAUGGCCGAUGAUGGCCAAAA